AGCAUUUAUGUAUCUUCGAAUAUUUUUUGUAUUAAAUUUGAAACAAGGAUUAUUUAAGUUUCUGAAAUGGCCGAACAUUUUCAAUCACGGAAAGGGACUGGAAAUCUGUUAAAAGAUUUACUUUCUUCAGUUGUGCUUGUAAAGAAGUGUGAUUAUUAUGUUCCAGCUAAUAAGGACAAUAAAAAGUUGAAAAUCUCGACCCAUCAAAAUUUGAAGGGUGCUACCAGCUCGGAAAUUUUGUGCUGUUUUAUCUGCGCAAGUUCUGGGGUGGGAGAAAAGAUAAAUUUCUUAACAGAGGUGGAACUGGAAAUUUUGAAAAAUGUCGUGUUAUCUGGUUCCGCUGAGAAGAAAUUGUUCCAGGACGUGGAAAAAUCUGUCGAAAUUUGCGAAACUUGUUCCUCAACGCUACAAAAAUUGGUUGAGUUAAGAACUAAGAUUCUAGAAAUUUCGAUCUGUUUGCGAACUGUGAUAAAAAGGAGGAUGGAAAAAAUUGAAGAUGAACCACUUGGAAGUAAUACGUUCGGGUCUGAAGUGAAGGAUGAUCUCGCCAAUAAGCAUGUCGAUUCCAAUCUGGAGUUAAAGCAAGAAAUUGAAGAUGUGGAGGAAUCCAAAGUAGAAUGUGGGAGUGUAGUAGGAUCCGAUGAGUAUAAAUUUACACCAGUUGACGAUAAUCUGAGACGAGAAACUAAGGUGACCACGUGUUACUUCAGCAGAGGUACACGAGACCUCGAAAAUAAUCGGCCUGUAAAGAGCGCAGUGUCAAUUCCACUCAUUAAAUGUGAAAAGCGAGAAGUCGUGGUGGAGGAGGAGCAUGGACAAGUUUCGUCCAGAUCCAGAAAUGACGUCGCCGUUGAACUGAAUUGUCACGAUACAAGUCUUUCAACUCCUCAGAAUACAGAUACACAUCUCUUCAACCCUAAAACGUCAAAUCCACCAACUUUCUCGCAGAGUGAAGAAAAUAUUUGGCAAGAUAGACACGAAAACCCUGAAGAAAGCCAGUCGUGCAAGAAGACAGCAGCUUCGUCGAGGAGAAAUAAUUCCAAUCCAACGAGUUGUUCCGAGUGUGGGAAAUGGUUUGAAAAUAUUUCACGUCUUAAUCGCCACCUCAAAAAUCCAUGGCUAGAUAUUGCAGAGAGUAGAUCAUCCAAAGUCCGGAAGAGAAAAAGUCAAACUUCUGACGAUAUUAGUUUCUCAAAAAAGACAAACAAUUUCAACUCACGAUUACGGACGAGUAGAGCCCUCGCACUGGAGAGAAUCCAAUCUUGGGCAAGGAAAAGUUACGACAAAAAUUACGAUUCUGAAGGAGAGGAAGUUUCCGAGUACGAAAAUAGUUCGAUUGCCAGCGACAGCAGCGACACCAUCAGCGAAACCUGGGACAGCGACAGCGAUAACGUUGGAUUUGGGUUAGGGGACGUCCACAAAUUUCGUCACGCAAAAAUUGCGAGGAAAACUGUUUGAGCUCAAAAACAUGUUCACCGGGAUUGAACAACUCGAUUUAGUCAGUUUUUAAAAUUUCCAUGACCCCCUAUGUGUAAUGGCAUGGGUUAAAGCACUACGUUUUUCGACAAAACUUGUCAAGUUUCUCCCUUCAUUGUGAAGCAACCAGUAGGCCCACAGCCCAAUGGACAAUCCCCAGGACAUGCUUUAGGGUCUUUCUGAAGCGCUAGGCCCUACCCUUACCCCAUGACCUGAAAAUUACCCGAGGUCAACUUACAAAGUUGACUCAUCCAUCACCAUUCUUGAAAUAGCUCUGAAUCAAUCAAUCCUGAAUAGAUUUUCUUCAUAUUUAGUAAAAACUGA